AAACUCAAGUUGCAUGAGUGGUUUCCCUUUUGGAAGAUUUGGAAUCCAAGCUGGCCGAACUAACUGAAAGAUAACUGUGUGAAUUAAAUGGUGUAUAUCGUGACAACAAAAAAUUCGAAGUAUUUCUAAGAACCUAUAAAUGCGACUGAAAAGUGAAAAUAAACUCAUAUUGAAAUCAACUUGCAAUGGCGUGGUUGAAGUACUUAAUUUGUCUACUUGUGGUCAUCCAGUGGACUACAGCUCGUCCAGUAUUUCCCGGCGCAGAGGAGCACGUGGAUACCAUCCUGGAACAUAUUAGAUGCAUUAUCCAUGCAGGAAUUAGUAUUCUCGAGGGUAUGCAGAAAAGUAAUGUUGCCUAUGAAAGUCAAACUCGUGGGCCGCCGCGCAUUGCUGGAGUCUCUAAAUAUGAUAUCAUAGAUCUACACGCCAACCGAAAAGGUUGAAUAAGGGCUUCUCCUUAACACAUUAAAACGGGUUACUGGCAUAAGAAACCCCAUGUCAAAUGUAAAAAACGUGUAAUUUCCAUAAAAGAAAUUUUAAUAUUCGGAAAAUUUUAUUAAAUUAUUGAUAUGUUUUGAUCAAGUGCACAAUAAAUAAGGAGUACAUUCGAACGAGCUCAAAAAUAUGACAAUAGUAGCUUUCGGCCAUAUCUGA